UCCCCAUCUGAAACUUUCUUGACUGAUGGUAUAUAACUUCCUUCACGGAAGCGUUAUCGUGAAGGAAACAGCAGUGUGUAGCUUCUGUGGUUUUUCCGCUGGUGGUUUCCCGUGAUGGUUUUCAAAGCUCCAUACUAUGUGUUAUUCUGUGCACGUAGCACUAUAUCGAAAUGGCUGAUGAUAACGAAGACCUGCAGGCAGAUGAAGAGCUCCCGGCUCCAGCUGAGGACAGCUUUGAGCAGCUGGAGAACGACAGCCCUGCUGAGCGCAGCGGGCACGUGGCAGUCACUGAUGGACGCUGCAUGUAUGUCUGGGGAGGCUAUAAGAAUGCCCAAGUUCGCGGAUUUUAUGACUUCUAUCUGCCUAGAGAUGAAAUAUGGAUCUACAACAUGGAAACUGGAAGAUGGAAGAAGAGUAAAACAGAGGGAGAUGUUCCACCUUCCAUGUCUGGAAGCUGUGCCGUGUGUGUAGACAGAGUGGUGUACCUCUUUGGGGGACACCAUGCACGUGGCAAUACAAACAAGUUCUACAUGUUAAAUUCCAGAUCCACGGACAAAGUGCUGCAGUGGGUCAGAGUAGAGUGUCAGGGGGUACCCCCUUCAUCAAAGGACAAACUUGGCGUUUGGGUUUACAAAAACAAGCUGAUAUUUUUUGGAGGCUAUGGUUAUUUUCCUGAAGGGAAACAACGGGGAACUUUUGAAUUUGAUGAAACCUCUUUUUGGAAUUCAGGUCUUCCUAGAGGGUGGAACGACCACGUGCAUAUUCUGGACACUGAAACCUUUACUUGGAGCCAGCCUAUAACUACGGGUAAAACUCCAUCACCACGAGCAGCUCACGCCUGUGCUACGGUUGGGAACAGAGGCUACGUGUUUGGUGGCAGAUACAGAGAGUCCAGAAUGAACGAUCUUUACUAUCUGAAUUUGGAUACGUGGGAAUGGAAUGAAAUAAUCACGCAAGGCAUUUGCCCAGUUGGCCGAUCGUGGCAUUCUUUAACACCCAUUUCCUCGGAUCACCUCUUUCUCUUCGGAGGAUUCACCACUGACAAGCAGCCAUUAAGUGACGCUUGGAUUUAUUGUAUCAGCAAGAAUGAGUGGAUACAGUUUGAGCAUAACUAUUCUGAAAAACCAAGGUUGUGGCAUACCGCUUGUGCAAGCGAAGAGGGAGAGGUGAUCGUCUUUGGGGGCUGUGCCAACAACUUACUUGCCCAUUCCAAAGCCGCUCACAGUAAUGAAAUACUUGUGUUUUCUCUACAACCAAGAUCUCUUGUAAGGCUCUGCCUCGAAGCGGUCAUUUGCUUUAAGGAGAUGCUGGCGAGUUCCUGGAACUGCCUCCCCAAGCACUUGCUGCACAGCGUCAAUCAACGGUUUGGAAGCAACAACACCUCGGGCUCCUGAGCCCUCUGCAGCCUCUGUGCAUGGAUGAGCGAUUCUAAGAUGUCAUGAUCUUACCAAGCGUGGCAGCCGUUAAACUUGUAUAGGUUAAAUAGCUGUAUCGUUGUAGGUAGUUGCUUCUUGCCUUUCAGUUGCAUGUGAAUGGCCUAGAGAGAACCUAUUUUUGUGUAAAAAGAUGUUUGCAAUAAAUGUAUUUAAUGCAAGUGGAGAUGUAUCCUCUGCUUAAGCUAAACUAGUUCUGGGUUUGUCCACCUUGAUGUACGUGUGAGGGCCAGCCCCACGCGAGCAGAUGGGGUGGGCACGUGUGGAAAUACUUGUUGUGGAGUCC